AUGCUCUCUUUGCGGGCGGCGCACAGCUCGGCGCCCCGCCCCGCCUCCGCAGCAACCGCUACGUCCACAUGGGCGGCGGCGACCGAGCACGCGCACUCGGUGCUCGCCAAGCCGCCGCCACCACGGCAAGCGGACGACCGCCUCGACCCGCUAGCGGUGAUCAAGGGCGAGAUCGGGGCGCUGAAGGGCUCGCUGUUCCACAUGCUCGGCUCCAGCCAUCCCGCACUCGACGCCGUGGCGAAGUACUACUUUAACGCCGAAGGGAAGCAUCUCCGCCCGCUGCUGGUGCUGCUUAUGAGCCAGGCCACGAACGGGCUCGCCGGCGGGUGGGGAAGCAUGGCUGCCGAGGCGGAGGAGCAGCUGCGCUCCGGAACGGGCGGGAUCGACGACGCGCUUACGAGUGAGGGCGGGGUGCUCAACGACUGGAACCCCGAGAGCAUGGGCCCCGAGCCGAAGGGCGCCCAGACAUUCACAUCACCAUUUAGGAUACCGCCUGCGGGCGCCGUGGCGCCACCACCACCAGCCAUCACGCCGAGCCCGUCGGCGUCGCUCCUCAGCACGGGGGGCGCGGCCGGGGGCCUCGCGGCCACGAUCUUGCCGACGCAGCGGCGGUUGGCGAGCAUCACGGAGAUGAUCCACGUCGCGUCGCUGCUGCACGACGACGUGAUUGACAACGCGGAUCUGCGGCGCGGGGAGAAGAGCGCGCCAUCAGCAUUCGGGAACAAGCUCUCGAUCCUCUCGGGCGACUUCCUCCUCGGGCGUGCGUCCGUCGCGCUCGCGCGCCUCGGGAGCCGCGAGGUCGUCGAGCUCCUCGCGACUGUCAUCGCCAACCUCGUUGAGGGCGAAGUCCUCCAGCUCCGCGCGACCGCCAACCCCGCGAAGGAGCCCACACCGCAAGGUUUCGAGGAGUACAUGCGCAAGACGUAUCUCAAGACGGCGAGCUUGAUGGCGAAGAGCGCGCGCGCCGCCGUCAUCCUCGGCGGGUGCAAGGGCUCGGAGGCGGCAUGGCUCAAAGACGUCGCGUACGGCUACGGGCGCAACUUGGGCAUUGCAUUCCAGCUCGUCGACGACAUGCUCGACUACAUGCCGUCGAGCGUGGACCUGGGCAAGCCGGGGUCUGGCGCGGACCUGCGCCUGGGCCUGGCGACGGCACCGGCGCUCUUCGCGUGGGAAGAGCACCCCGAGCUCGGGCCGCUGAUCGCGCGCAAGUUUGAGGGCGAGGGCGACGCCGAGAUCGCGCUCGACCUCGUCAACCGCAGCCGGGGGAUGGAGCGGACGGCAGCGCUCGCGCGCGACUUUGCCGCCGAGGCGCGCCGCCUCGUCGAGCUCCUCCCGCCGAGCCCGGCGCGCGACGCCCUCGUCGGCCUGACGCUCAAGGUCGUCGACCGUGUCAAGUAG